AGCCUCUUGAGCCUCUUGAGCUUCCUGGUGUGCCUUCUAACCUGGUGUUGUGUCCAUGUCUCAGAGCUUCCUGGUGUGCCCUCUAACCUGGUCAUCUCCAACAUCAGCCCUCGCUCCGCCACACUAAGGUUCCGCCCCGGCAGCGAUGGGAAGACGGUCAUCUCCAAAUGGAUCGUAGAAGGACAGGUGGUGAGAGAGAGGGGUGGAGAGAGGGAUGGGAAGGAGGAGGAGUGGAGAGUCGUGUAUGAGAGAGAGAACAGAGAGAAGCAGCCUGAUGUCGACUCAAUGGAAAUACCAGACCUCCUCCCCUUCACACUGUACAGGUUCCGAUUGCGCCAGGAGAACAUUGUGGGCUCCAGUCCCUCUAGCACCCCCUCCAGGAUGAUUCAGACACUGCAGUCGGCCCCCGACACACCCCCUAACAACCUCACCCUGGUUACAGCUACACAGACCAGCCUCACACUACGCUGGGCG